AAACGUUUGAAUUCUUGAUCAGAUAGCAAAGUUUCUGUAUCAGGGCGGGGAGUAGGUGGGCAGAGAGUGAAGAAGGCAAAAGAGAUGGGGGAAGAAAGUUCAAAACCCAACUAUUUCUAUACAAAAGCAAUCAUCUCCGAAGAAUUAUCAGAGGCGGCGGCUUCUUUUGUGGAUCAUAUCUUCCGCCAUGUGUUGUCACUCGACGCACCCAACUUUCCGCCCCAACAUGAUGCUAAAGACUCCUUCUCUGAAUUCACUCGCGGCUGCCUCAAAAUCCAUAGCAUCCACCCCGGGAAAAUCUCCUGCAUUCUUUCUGUCAAACCUGCUAUCUCGAAUGUUUAUCAAAGCAUGCAUGGAGGAGCAGUUGGAGCUGUGGCAGAGAGGGUGUCAAUUGCAUGUGCCAAAACUGUUGUGGGAAAGGAUAAGGAACUCUUUCUUGGAGAACUGAGCAUGUCAUAUGUAUCUGCUGCUCCGAGCAACACAGAGGUGGUAGUAGAUGGAUCUGUCAUUCGGAGUGGAAGGAACCUGACUGUAGUUGCAGUUGAUUUUCGGCUCAAGGACUCAGGGAAAUUGGUUUAUACCUCUAAUGCAACAUUCUAUCACAUGCCUGUAGCAAGUUUAUGAGCUCAAACUCAACACUUUAAGUAGUGCAUUUGCUAAAAGCGUUCAGCAGCUCUAGCUAAUGUACAAUGGCAAAUCAUGGAUAUAGGCAUCAGUGGACGAAUUUGAGACUGAGACUCUUGUCUGUAUCACCAAGGCAACAUUUACUUCUCGAAUUAUCUGGGAGUCCCUCAUUUUUCUUGUUUACACAAUUGAACCUCUGAUUCAUUGAAAUAGAAUGAAGUAAAAAGUCAUGUACAUCAAUCUUGUAUUAGUUGUGUGUCCAAUGAAACUACAGCUUAACUGAA